AUGAAACCGAUCGACCUAUUAAUUGGUCGGCCAACUCCGAACUUACAAGCAGCGGACAAGUUGGCAGCAGCGUCUCAAAUAAUUCUGUCGCAGCCCGAGAAAUCAGGAAUGGCAUUGACAUACGGUCCUGAUCAUGGCGAGGACGGUAUUCGUGAACACAUUGGGGAUUGGCUCAGCCAAAAAUACCGCCCCGUAUCCGGCCGCAUCACCCGAGAUCGUAUCAUCAUUACCAACGGCGCCUCUGGAGCACUUGCGGGAAUUCUGCAGAAGUUCGCAGACCCGUCGUAUACGCGUCGCGUGUUUCUCGUAGAACCCACUUACUUCCUUGCCGUCCAGACGUUUCUAGACGCAGGCUUUGGUCAGAGAAUGCGAGGUAUCCCCGAAGAUGAUGAAGGUAUCAACCUAGAGUAUUUACGACGUCAGCUGGAAGAAGACAGCAGGACCGAUGAUGGUAUCUUGAAUACUGGCGUACCUCGCACCAAAUUUCCCGCUCAGGGGUAUAGGAAAAUUUACAAGUAUAUCUUAUACGUGGUCCCAACACUAUCCAAUCCCAGCGGGAAAACAAUGUCAAUACAUCACCGUACCGCAUUAGUCGAGUUAGCGCGCCAGUAUGAUAUUCUCCUGAUUGCAGAUGAUGUAUACGACUUUCUUGCCUGGCCGGCGGAUGACGGCAUCUCGCAUGAAGGUCUAGAAUUGCCCCCGAGGCUUGUGGAUAUUGACCGGCAGAUGGCUGGAUCAAGCGAAUGGGGGAAUACCGUAAGUAAUGGAUCUUUCUCGAAGCUGGCUGCUCCCGGCCUUCGGGUGGGGUGGUGUGAAGCGAUGCCGAACUUUAUACACGGGCUAUCUACAGUCGGGGCGACUAUGUCCGGCGGCUGUCAAGCGCAGUAUACUUCCUUCUUAAUCGACGAGAUGUUAGUUUCUGGAAUUUUAGAACAUCACAUACAGAAUACUUUGAUUCCGGUAUAUCGAAGAAGAUAUAGAGCCCUUGUGGAAGCUAUUAAAACUUAUCUUUACCCGCUCGGAAUAAGGAUAUCAACGGGGAAGCCAUACGAAACCUUCGCUAUGGACGACGCAAGUAACCGUGUGCCAACUAUACUAUCGGGAGGAUUUUUUCUAUACAUAGAUUUUCCGAGGGGAAAUCAGUUCCCAUCGGCGACCGAAAUCAUCCGCAUUGGCCGCGAGGAGUUCGGCCUAACUAUUGCACCAGGAGAGAUUUUCGCUGUCAAAGGAGAUCCCGAAAGCCUGAAGAGGGCCCAGUCAACUUUUAACUUAGGCACUAGGCUAUGCUGGGCGUGGAAUGAGGAAGCGGUACUGAUUGAAGCAAUUAAGAGGCUUGCUAAAGCUGUCCAGCGAGCACAAGAAUUGCGUUCAUAG